AUGGUAUGGCUUGAGCCAUUUUUGGUUGGUCUAAACGAUGUUGUGAAUGAUGAUGAUGGAGGGAGUUCACCAAUCAACUACGUUGAUCUCCCUCAUCUAUACAUUCAAAUGGAGUUGUGUGACAACAUUUUAAAGGAUAUACUAGAGAAUGAUAAGAUUAUGACAGAGGAUAUGUGUUGGAACAUUUUGGCAAACAUUAUGCUUCCCAUAGCUAUUGCCCAUUGGAUCCGAGAACGAUGCCUUACCGUUCGGCGGUUUCUAACCCACAAUCCAACUCCGAAACACAAUGAAAUUACAACUCGCCCACUCCCCCACAGACCACUAUAUAUACCCCCCUCGAUUCUCUUUAGGUUUUUACCAAACAAACCACCCAACGGCGCUUUCCAAAAUUCACACACCGAAAUUCGAAUACUCAAAUUCCUCUCUCUCUCUCUCUCUCUCUCUCUCUCUCUCAUAUCACAAAAUCGUCUCUGUUGCUCUCACCACUGUACAACAAUGGCCGUGGCGUCGUCGAGAUCAAGAUCGAACACGUACUCGUGUCGCAAAUCGCAGCCGUUGUUUUCCUCGUCGUCCUCGGGCUUCGCUUCGUCCACCUCCUCCAGCUUCUCCUCCGCCACGUCGACGUUCUUCAAUCGCUCUGGCUCCCCCACGCGCCUCUCCGUUUACGACCGCUCGCCGUCCCAGUCGUCGUCGUCUUUGCGGUUCGAGAACCGCUCGGGCUCUCCGGGCCGUUCUAUUUCGGUGCAGAACCACUUUAACCACAGCAACAAGAAUAACUACAAGAACGUCCCUACCAGCAAGAAGACGUGCCUUUGUUCCCCUACGACGCACCCGGGCUCGUUCCGAUGCGCCCUGCACAAGAACUCGCCACGUGGCGGAGCGGCUCACCACUUGAAUAGUAACGACCAAACGUCGUCGUAUCACUCGACUAUCAGACUGAACUACAGAAGGUCGGCGAUGAAAAACUCGCUGGUGAGAAUCGGAGGGGUUGAAGGGGACUUGGUGAAGAGGGCUUUGUCGGCUCUGAUCAGGCCUUCUUCGCACAGUCAGCGGCGCCGAGUUGAUUUUCAGCCCAAGCCAAGCCGACUCUCCGUAAUGUCCAAAGCUUCCGACGACGACGACGACGACGUUUAAGUCCCGAUUCUUGAUUCUUUGUUUUGUUGUGGUGAAGUUAAGGUUUAGGGGCAGUUUGGACAUAAGAGCGAGUUAACGGUUGAGUUGACUCAGAAAUCGUUCACCAGUUUUUUUUCGUGAAGGAUGAUAGGAUGAUGAUAGCACUGUAGAUGAUGAAUUUCUUUUUUCUGGGAUUUAAUAGCCAGAUUAUUUUUUUUUUAAAUUCAUUUUUGUAAAUUUGAUUUUUAUUCCACGAAUUGUUCUUUAAAUUUGAUUUGGGUGUUGGCAGAUGAAAUUGUGAUGGGUUUUUUUGGUUGCAAAUUGAUGCUCAUUUGAGAUUCAGAUUAUGGGUUCUAACUGUA